AUGAUUGCUCUCAUUUCAAUGAUGAUCGUUUCUUUCUUGGCUCCAGAUGUUUCGGCAGUUAUUGGAGGAGACUUGAAUUGCACACAAUACAACGGAUCUGCGUUUGUCUGGACACCUGCAGCUGUGGCUUGUUCAAACCUUAUUUCCGACGCAUCGUGCGCUGUUCUCUAUCCAACAACUGAUACACUGGGAUACCCAGCUCCUGGAAAUGCUGCUGGAAGACCACUGGCUUGCUACACCACUGGUUCAGUUACUCCAGCUGCAGUGAUUCAAGACAUGAAGACUGCCGCUGCUUCCACGUGCCCAAGAACGUGUGGAUUGUGUUGUCAAACUGAUGCCUACAGCUGCCCUAACGUUGCUUAUCCUCGUCUUAACUGCGCUUCUAUCACUCUUUCUCAAUGCAACUCCCCAGCCUGGAGAACGAUCAUUGCCGCUGACUGCCCAUCUGCUUGCGGAUUCUGCAACCAAGGCGGAUGCGUCGAUGCCGUCACUAACUGCGGAAACGACCUCAGCAUUUGUAACACCGUUGGAAUGCAGACAUUCGUAAACACCUAUUGCCAGAGAACCUGCGGAAGAUGCCCAUCAACCACCGCAUCCGGAAGUGUGACUGUAACAUCGGGAACUUGCACCUCAUACAUCGCCGACAGCUCCUCCAACUGUGCUGCCUGGUCCACCAAUGGAUUCUGCACCAACACCUUCUACACGGUUGCUCAACGCCGAUCCAGAUGUGCCACAACUUGCAGAAUCUGCUAG